AUGAUGAAGAACUAUCACCAGAUGAAAAAGGGUGCAGAACGACUCAAGGAAAUCGGUGCCGUACUGCGUAGCCUCAAUUCCAUCUUACGUAAACUCUCACUAAGCAGGAAAAUAACCAAGUCUCUGUCGCCGUCUCAGCCUCUGAUGUUGGAGAACCAACCCCAUCAUCAUCACACCGUUGAUCACGAUCACGAUCACAUGAACCCCCUAAUCUUCUCCAAUGGACAAUCUUCCACUAGUACUAGUUUUGAUAUUCCCAGUAGUACUUUCAUAUGUGGUUUGUGUCUUAAGCUUAUUCAACUCGAAGACUCAUUCGACUUCAAGGGCUGUCCCCAUUUUUAUUGUACUCCAUGCAUUGUGAACUUUGUAGUCUCCAAGCUCCAAGACAAUGCCGAUUGGGCUCUGCAAUGCCCUGUGCCAACCUGCACCGGAACACUAGACCCUGACUACUGCCGGCCAAUCCUUCCGAGGCAGGUUUUUGAUUCGUGGACGAAUGCAUUGUGUGAUCAGAUUGAGCAAUCUUCUUAUGGUGCCGAAAGCAGUAAUAGUGGUACUACUUUUACAUGUGAUUUUUGUGUUGAGGAAAAGCAUCUGAGUGACUCGUUGAGUGUCAAAGAUUGCAGCCAUUUUUACUGCCAUCAAUGCAUCGUCAAUUUUGUGGUGUCAAAGCUGGAGGACAAUGUGACCUCCAUUGUGUGCCCCGAGCCGGGCUGCAGAGGAGUGCUAGACCUGCAGUACUGUCAGCCAAUUCUCCCGAAAGAUGUUCUUGAUUGGUGGGGGAAGGCCUUGUGUGAAAAUGUGAUUUUGGGGUCGGAGAACAAUGACAAGUAUUUCUACUGUCCCUUCAAGGAUUGCUCGGCACUGCUGGUUGUUGAUGAUCCGGAGGAUGAGCAUGACAUAUACAAGUCUCGGUGUCCUCAUUGCAAGAGAGAGGUUUGCUUGAAUUGCAAGGUUCCUUGGCAUACGGAGUUCAACUGCGACAAGUUUCAGAAAUUGAGAGACAAGGGUGAAGAUGAGAUGGUGAAGGAGCUUGCCAAGAAAAAGAAGUGGAGGAAGUGCCCAAAAUGCAACUACUAUGUUGAGAAAAAAGAGGGGUGCACUUACAUUAAAUGCAGGUUAUGA